AUGCCGCUUCGGGCCGGGCUUCGGGGGCCUGAACAGGCCAUUGCGGGCGGACUUGACCAUGGGCCGGGGACUCCUUCGGGGCGCCCAUUCCUAUCUGACACGGCCAUCUCUUCAGACUUGGACAGCUCCGACGGCCGAUGGCAGUACACCCGAGUCCAAGUUGCAAUCAUGGAAGCAGCCGAGCUGGCGAACCUGCGGAUUCAGCAGAGCUAUACCAAGGAACGGAAAAUCGGUGAAGGUACUUAUGCCAGCGUCUACGAAGGUCAUCAGAAAAAAUCCAACAGAAAAGUGGCUAUCAAGAAGAUCAAGGCCGGUCAAUUUAAAGAUGGAUUGGAUAUGUCAGCUAUCAGAGAGGUUAAAUUUCUACAAGAAUUAAGCCAUCCUAAUGUUAUUGGUCUCUUGGAUGUUUUCUCAUCGAAAUCCAACUUAAACUUGGUUCUAGAGUUCCUAGACACCGACUUGGAAGCAGUCAUCAAAGAUCGUGAAUUGGUUUUCCAAGCUUCAGAUAUCAAAAGUUGGAUGUUGAUGACAAUGCAAGGGCUGGACUUUUGCCAUCAAAAUUGGGUUUUACAUCGGGACAUGAAACCUAACAACUUGUUAAUUGCUUCAGAUGGGACCCUCAAGAUUGCCGAUUUCGGUUUGGCGCGUGAGUAUGCUGAUCCCGGUACAAGGAUGACAUGUCAAGUAGUGACUCGUUGGUAUCGUCCGCCGGAACUCCUGUAUGGUGCUAGAGCUUACUCAACUGGAGUAGAUAUAUGGGCAGUAGGCUGUAUAUUUGCAGAGUUGAUGUUAAGGACUCCUUACUUGGCGGGGGAAAACGAUUUUGAUCAAUUAAGUACAAUCUUCCGAGCUCUUGGAACACCAACUGAUCAAGAUUGGCCGGGUCACAAACGAUUAGCAGACUACGUCGAGUUUCCUAAGCAGUAUAAGCAGCCACUAGAUCUGCUGUUCAGUGCAGCUAAUGACGAUGCUAUCGAUUUCUUGGAAUGUUGUUUAAAGUUUGACCCACGGAAGCGUAUAAAUUCUAGACAGGCUUUACGGCAUCAAUACUUCAAUUCAACUCCAUAUCCAACUAAACCGCAGAACCUACCAAAACCUAAAGGUGCAUUAGUUCCAAGACAGAUUGCACCGCAAGACCAUGGAGCGGGCGGCGGUGAUAGUAAGAAUGGCAAUGGACCCAAAAAACGAAAGUCAGUCGUGGCGAAUUCUGGCCAAGAUGUCGAAAUGGAUGAUCGCACUCGAAAAAUCGCCAAGCGUUUGGAUUUCAGCUGA